CCUUACCUAUUGUCUCUUACAGGUCUGCCCUGCCAAGGAGGUCGGGGCUAACCUCUUUGGGGCAACUGGUCAGAGCUUGACCGUUGUUUUCCACCUUUUGCCCUUUUUUGCUUCUUCAUUAUCCCUAAUCAAUUGACUGAUUAGUUCAUUUUUUUUUCCUUCCUUGUUUUCUCUAGGAGUACUCCCAGAAGAUACGUAGAUUCCCCUGAAUCUACUACUAAUGCCAUAGUUGCUGUUGAUCAGGAUCCUGCCCAUCGAUCGCAAUCCCCCUGUAGUCAUGUGGCCGGGGUGACAAUUAAUCUUCUGCUAGGGACUGACUCCUGAGUCAAGUGGUCCACCCGUCCCGUUAGCACCGUCGAACGGGGCACCGCAACGUGAUUGAUGCAGCGUCCAGCCCUGUGGGGCACUUGUCAACCCCUUCGGGUCUUGGACCACCGCUUUCUUCCCCACCGUCAACCCACACAUCACAUGUGUCAAUGGCGUGCCUGGGAGAGAGGGGAGGAGGGGGAAGCGAAAUGGACACGCUGACAGAGAGCUGACACAGAGAAAGAAAGAUUGAGGGGAAAUUGUGUCUUACAGCUCGUUCCGAACAAGAAUGGGAAAAAGUAGACGACCCGCCUCUUAGCCGUUGACGAGACAUUCGGCCCCGACUCUUGGAACGACGGAGUGGUUUCUCACCGACUGGCUGCCCUUAGUGUUCAGUCGAUCGAUGCUGCCCACAGAACGGGAAAUGACCUUCGGGAUGGACGGAACUAGAGGCCUGUCUGGCGUGGUCUGGGGGAUCGAUGGUCCGCUCUCCACGACCAGUGCAUCUCCAACGCCACGGCUCUCCCCUCACCCCCCUCCCAAGUCGAUCCAUACCACGUCCCGCGUCCAUCUCCCUGGACCUGGGCUGUGCCAGAGGGGACAGAUGUUGGCUAAAGAACAGGGGACAAGGGGGCGCGAAGAAGGUACUUCUGCGGCCAGACGCUCAGCGUUACUCCUGUGACGAUGAUGAUGAUCACAAUGGAUGGCAACCUCAUCAAGUUUGCAAAGCAAAUGAAGUACUCCGUGCGUCGUAUCUACAUUCUGUUGAGCGCAUCGGCGACAGCUUCCACGGUCAUUCUGCAGACCUUCUACGCUUGAGAUCAAUGAUUUAUUCAAAGCGUUAGAUCCUGGAGAGACCUCGCUGGGAGUGGAGAGACAGGGACAUUGUGCAGAUGGUUGGGUACUUCUCUCUGUUCAGUGGGAACCGCCAUCCAUGGUGUAGCACCGUUUGUUUUAGUGCGCCUAGAGCGGGGCGGCCCAGGGAUCUGGAGGGCGGUGUUGGCACGUUCAAUGGGGUCAAGCUGACGAGAGCCAGCGACGUCAGAGACAAUCAACACCGUAAAGAUUACCCAUCAGGUGUGGACGUAUCCUAUAUUGUGGAGUGCAGACUAAGCCAAUAGUUCGAGUCAAGACCUUGGAAGGGGGAUUGCAUUUGAUAUCCAUUGGGCAAUUGUCGGCUUCUCCCGUCGCGAGCUGUCAAAGUGUCAGGUCAAUUCAAGUCAGUCCAUCGCCGCCACAAUCAUCAUAAUCACUAGUGUCAUCUUUGUCGAUGUCGACAUUACUCUCCGACUUUACCAGGUUGUGAUCCUUCAAUUGACGUGGGCCGUUUAGGCGAACAAGGAGAUGAUCUUUUCACAAAAGCACCCCUUGAGUAGACACUAUUACAAUAACCUGGGGUAUUAUUAACUGGGAAGCACCAGAAUAUGAUGAUAAUGGUGGUGGUGAUGACGACAACGAAAGUCUCCCGGUUAGCACGCGGCCGUUUUGGAUCAUUCAUGUACCAUACCACGUAGUUUUGACAGGUGGUAGACACCCUUGUUUGGUUUCACCAAAAGCAAGAACUCAUUUUGCGAUUUCAAACGAUGGGUCAGACGACAGCUACCCAUAUCGGCGGUAUACUAGUUGUAUCUUGGCAUCGGGGGUCUGCUAAGGACUUUUAUUUCUUCAGUAGUUUUAUGGAACGACAAUGUACUUUUCCAGCUCCAAAUCCCCAGGAGACGGAGGUGAUGGAUCCGAUAGUUGGAUAGUACAUACACAGCACGAGCAACCGUAUUGCCCAGAACUAUACGCCGUUGUUAGUACGUGGUCUUCAGCAGUCUGGAGAAUAGCGUCUCAGGGAGAAACAGAUCGACGAAUCGAUCAUGGUCUGUAUUUCCCGUGCCAAUGUCCCAGAAGCGUCCACUGAGAUUAGCACGAUGGCCGAUGGUGGUGCCGAUUAUGAAAAUCAGCAUGGAAGCGAAUCCUUCAGUGGAGCGCGUUCUCAACCUGUCAGUUGAAUUGGC